CUUGUGGAAUCGAGCACACCCACACUACGAAGAAACUCGCACACACGACCGAAAGAUGGCGGUGUCCGUGUAUCUGUCUGCAGACGAUCGUCGGACCACUUAAUCGCAGUUUGAUUCACCUGAAACUCCAUCCCGCUAUCAGCAUCCCCCUGCUCAAACUACCCCCCUGCUAUCCGUCCUUGUCGAUGAUGAAGCGAUGGCCAUGGUGAGCAGCCUGGCAGCCAUCAAAGAUUCCCGGUGGCUCCAGCUGGAAGUAUGCCGGGAGUUCCAAAGGAACAAGUGCACUCGAUCAGACACCGACUGCAAGUUUGCCCACCCUCCCUCACACGUCGAAGUCCAGAACGGAAGGGUCAUCGCCUGCUACGACUCCAUUAAAGGAAGGUGUAAUCGGGAGAAGCCUCCUUGCAAGUACUUUCAUCCUCCUCAACAUUUGAAAGAUCAGCUCUUGAUUAACGGCAGAAAUCACCUCGCUUUAAAGAAUGCCUUGCUGCAGCAGAUACCCCUCCAGCCUCUCUUAACAGGCCAACUGCCCACUGCAGUGGUAAGUGGUCUUCUCUACAGCCAACUGGCCCAACAGCAGCAGCAGCAUUUACAGCAACAGCAACAAUGUGCUGCUGCUUUGAACUUAAUGAACUCAAAUGCUCUGAAGGCAACUACUACGCCAACCUAUUUGCCCGCAAUGGCGUCCACCUUCAGUCCGUACUUGAGCCAUACUCCAAUGAUGACCGGCCUCCUGCCAGCAGAUGCCCUCUCAUCUCAACUCAGUUUAGUUCCUUCGCCUUUGAUGACAGCCGCCCAAAAGCUCCAAAGGACAGAUAGACUAGAGGUGUGCCGUGAAUUUCAGCGUGGCAACUGCAAGCGUACAGAGAGCGAGUGCCGCUUUGCUCACCCUCCCGAGCAUGUGACAGUGGAUAGUGGCGAGGGCACAGUGACUGUGUGCAUGGACUUUGUGAAGGGGCGCUGCACUCGGGACCAGUGUCGUUACUUCCAUCCACCGGCCCAUUUACAGGCACAGCUGAAAGCUGCUCAGACCCGAGCCAGUGCUGCUGCAGUGCCGCACGUGGUUGAGACUUUGAUCGGCAAGAAGCGCCCUCGUGACCCUGCUGAUGACCUCAUUCUGACAUUUCCUGGAAUAGUUCCGUAUGCAAAACGAGCUGCUGUUGAUAAAAGUGGCCUUCCAGUUUAUCAGCCAACUGGAGCAGCCUAUCAGCAGGCUUUGGCCAUGCAGGUCCAACAACCUUUCGUGCCUGUAACUUUUGCUGGACACCCUGCCACUGUGCCGAGAUUUUAAAUCCGGUCUUUGUAAGAGGCCACAGUGUCGCUAUGUUCAUCUUUUAGAAGAUUACGUGGAGGUGGUUGAUGGAAAAGUGACCGUGUGUCGUGAUGCCGUGAAGGGGAAGUGCGGACGCCCACUCUGCAAGUACUACCACAUACCUCUGUCCACUCCAUUCUUGAACAGCGUGCUGUGACUUCAUCCUCUUCUUUAACAAAUCUUUUCUCUCUGCGUCAUCUAUAUAAAAAAUAAAAAUACAAACAGUCCUUCUGUGAUAAACAGAUUUAUUUUCUUGAAAAAAUUCAGUGACUAGUCAUUAAAAGAUGGACAAAAAGGUCACUCCCUUCACUGUGCCAUGACUGCCUCCAAGAUAUAUUGUCUCCUCACACCCUCUAAUCCUCACUUGUUGAAUUUUCAGAUGAUUAUUAAAAAAAAAAAGACUGCAAGCAAGUGUAAUUGGAUUCUCCUUUUGUUUGAUUACACUUAAAACAGUGUUGUGUUUCGUAUUAAGUUGUUACGUUGAUUAACUGUUAUUCUUUUUGAAGAUUCAAAUCAGUGUUUCCCAAACUCUCUGAUACCUGGAAAACUGCAGAUGUGUUGUGUUUUGGUCAGGAACGUUUUUCAAUUUAGCCUGUUUCAUUUCUUCGCUUUUUUUACAGUAAAACUAAACCAUGGAAUGGGAAACUACAUGUGAAGAAUAUCAACUGAUAGAGUAUGGAAGAAAGAAACGACUAUCAAAAUUUUAAUCUCAAUAUUUUUAAUUGGUAACAUUUUGUCUUUCUUCAUUUUAAUGUCAAAAAUGUGAUGUCACAAAUUCAAGGUGGCAAAUGUUAAAAAUUUAGAUUUAUCUUUUUAUUUUAUUUUAUGAAUAAGUUAAAUAUAAUGCCAAUGUUAACGAGCCAAGGGCAACAAUCAAUGGGAAAAAAAUUUAUGGAAUUGUUUAUAUUAAUCUAUAUUACAAGUUACUGUAAAUCAAAUCCUUUGUGUAUUACAUUGAACAUUGUUUGAGAAAUUCUGUAACAAUGCUCUCUAUUACAAGUUACUUGAAAUAAUAUCCUUUGUGCACUCGAGAGCAUUGUUUUAAGAAAUUCUGUUACAACGCCCUCUAUUACAAGUUACUUGAAAUCAAAUUCUUUGUGCACUCGAGAGCAUUGUUUUGAGAAAUUCUGUUACAAAGCUCUGUAUUACUAGCUACUUGAAAUCAAAUCAUUUGUGCAUUAGAGAGCAUUGUUGGGAAACUCUGCCUCCUUGCUAUAGUUGACGCAAUUAUAAUAGAUGUUUCAACAUUACUGCUAUUCGGUUUAAAAUGUUUAAAGAAGUAAAUUCUUUUUUUUUUACUUAAACUUAAUAUGUUUCUGAUAGAAAAUUCAACGCAUUUAGUGUGUUACAGGGGUAACCGGUGAAUGAAAUAAUUAAUUCUGUAUCUUUCAUGCAUCUACUUAAGUUGCGUUGAGUAUAGUGUUAAAAUAGCAACUGAAAUUCAAUUUCAUUUACAAAAUGAAAUAUUGUUUUUAUAUUUCAUUAAAUGCAUGCAGAAUGUUUUGGUUGAAACUUUGUUGUGCAAUUUUUAUAUUUUAACUGAAUUUUCAAAUGUAUGUAUGACCUGUUUUAUAGUUUAUUAUUUAUAUUUCAUUUUUUAAAAAAAUAUAUAUAUUUCUUUUCAUUUAGUAGAGCAUCAUUACUAUUACAUGUUUUAUGCUUUAAGUGUGGAAAAAUCAUGAAGUUCGUUAUAAAUGAAAAUAUAUCUACUCUAUCUAUCUAUCUAUAUAUAUAUGUAUAUGUACGUAUGUGCAUUAGAAUUACUUUGCAUUUAUGUUUGUGUGUGAGUAUCUAACUCAUUCCAAUUGAAUUUGUAUAGUUGUUUGUUUUUUUUCCUUUCGAAACAAAACUAGUCUGAUGUGUUAAAUCAAAAUGUUUUUAUAAUGAUAUGCUUACGAAAUUUUAAUAUUUGUUACGUUUCUAAUCAAAACUAAAACGUAUAGGAAAAAAUUAAGUAAAAACAAAUAUGGUUGCCAUACAUACACAUUAGGGUAAUAAAAUUAUUUUUAUGUGAGGUAAACACGAAAUGAUGGUAUGUGUUCUUCAAAAACGUUUCAUUUUUUGAUGGUUUUACUAUUUUUAAUGUUUCUAAAUGUUUAGCAUUUGUUAAAAUAGCUAAGUGAAAAAAAAUAAAUAUGUCGUCCAAAGUUGCCUUCUUUUUUAACCGUGUAGGUAGGCUGGAUUAAUAAUUCAGUUGUAAACCUAAAACUGAAUUAGUAAUUCUAAAUUUUAAAAUUAUUAAACGGUUCCUUUCAUCGAAAAUUGAGUCUUUAUACUUUUGGUUUUGUAACUUACAAUACCAAACAUUAAAUGAAUAAGUAGCUGGAUGUUUUAAAAAAACUAAACUGAAAUAUAAUCUUGUGCUGUUCAAAACAAUAGUUCUUAGGUAAGAUUAUGUUUUACACAUAUGUAAAGCCUCCAGAUGAUUAUCAUCAGAUCUAAUUAUCGUCCUUUUUUUUAAAAUUAACAAAAGUAUCCUUUCCCAUUUUAGAAGCGGGCCCGAAAAAAUACGCUUUAAUAAUUUUUUUAUGUUAACUUAUUAUAAUUUAAUUAUUUCUCAGUGUGAUGAGAAAAAUAUUAAUUUGCAUUAAACAUUAAGCUACUAAGAAAAUUAAAAAUAAUGUUUACAAAAUUGUGUAGUAAUUUUGAUAGUGUAAUAAUCUCUUUUGAAAAUAAUAAAUAAUAGCAGGUUUUAAACUCUCUCAAUGGAAAAAUCUUUAUUAUUAUUAUUUACAAGUGUGAACUAAAAAAUUUAAUUUUAAAUUAAACUUCGAACUACCUCGGGUAUAAAUGUUUUGGUAAGGAUUUUUUUUUUAAAUAAUUAUUGUUUAUACUUUUAACACUAGCAUUUUGGAUUUUUAAUGCUAUAAUUUCAGUGUUUUUUCCCAAGCUAAUUUAAAUUAGUUUGGAAACAAUCAUAACAUUUCUGACACUAUUUUGCAAGUUGUGCAACUCUGAUCUAGCCUGUUCAGAAAAUUGUAAAGCAAAACUAUUGCUUUGAGCAGCACUGUUAAAUAUGUGUAAAUACUUUGCUAUACCUUUCUAAUGAUUGGUGUUCUUUAAAUAAAUAAACAAACAUCCUAACCCGACAUAUUAUUUAUGGCAGUACUUGUUUUGAGUUCUCUUGAAAGUAUUGCUGCCAGAGGUCUACAGAGUUGGGGUUUCCGGCCAUUUGAGUAUUGUUUUUAUGCCAUUUCACAGAUUUCUAUUUUAAGAUUGAAAGUGAGAAAUAUAUAUUAUGAAUACUAGUACAACACUUAUCACCUAUGUAAUGUUUUGUCAAUAAAUGUUUAAAUGCAAAUUUUGUUAAUAAUCAUCAAAUAAAUGUUUUGUUUUAAUUUUUUUUCAUUACCUGUGCCAUAACUAAACAAUAUUAUGUUUAUGCCACGCCUUCAUAUUUUAUAAAAUAAUAAUCUAAAUUCAAUGCUUGAGAUCAUAAGUUAAUUUUUUAUGAAUAAUAAAGUGUGUUUUAAUCUGAUAAAACAAGAUGGCUUUUCAUCUUUACCCUAUUUUCAUCAUUCUGAUUUUAAAAAAAUUUAUGAUUACUUUAACCUUCAGUACUUUAUUAAAUUCUGAUAUAGUGUGUAGUUUAACAUUUUAAUAAUUAUAAUUCCAGUUAGUGAAAAAUUAAAUCUCUAAUUUAUUACAAUAAUAUUUUGUUAUCACUGAAUUUCAUCUUUCCUUAAAGGAAAAUGACAAUUGAGGUUUUACAUACUACUAAAUAAUGCAGGGAGAACACACAUUCGCAUUAAUGGGCAAUGAUUAGAAUUUUGUCUUUGAAAUAUUUUGUUAGUUCAAACAUAUUUUUUUUGUUCAAUAUUUCAUCUAGAAAAAUUAUUUAAAAAAAAAAUUCAACUUUUAAAACUCUUAAAAUCUGAGCAUUUUUAUCCUAAUUCAAAACUAUUCAUUUUCUUUUUACUGAAUUAAAUUCAUUUUAGUUCGAUUAUCAUUUUCAAUUGAAAAAGUAGGAAACUGUAUUUCUAAAUGGUUAAAGAGUUGUACAUUGAAAAUUGUAUAACUUUUAUAUAGCGAUUAUUAUAAUGUUUUAGAAUUGAAAUUGUCCUACAAAUGUAUAUGCAUGAUUUUUAUAACUAUAAUGUUUAUAAUUUUUCUAAUUAAGUGUUUGUUGUUAUGUCUCACAAAAAUGAUGGUUGCUUUAUUCAAAUCUAUGGCGUUUCGGGAUCUAUUUUUGUACAUCCCGGGGCAGUAUUUUUAUGACCUAAAAUUUAAAAAUAAUCUUAGCUUACAUAAAAGCAAUUGAAGUUAUUGUAAUAAAUUACAAUGUGUAAUUUUUAUUUUUUAUGUAAAAAAAAUAUAUAUUAAAAAAAUUUUAUGUUAAAAAACUUGAUGGAUUUUAUAUAGUUUACAGAUUUUUGUUGUUUAUAAAUAAUCUUUAUGAAUUGGGAGCUAUAAGUAUAGAAUGUAUUUGUGUAUGUAAAUUAACAUUUAAUUGCAAUUAUUAUUCUAAUUGUUGAAAAUCUAAAAGAGAUAAUCUGUUACAGAUCCCUUAGUUGUUAAUUAGUAAAUAAAUUUUAACAAAUUUUUCAUCUCUUACAACAAAA